UUAAUCACACCAUUUGUUUUGUGAACCACCUUAGUCCAAAAUAUGGCCAGAAUUCCGGCAAACACUGCACAGGAGCUGUUGGCAGCGAGCUUCUCCGGCAUGGUUUUCGGGUUUCUGGAAGAUGGAUGUCAAGAAUUCGAGCAGAGUUACAGCAGCAGCGACGGGGGCCAGAGUAGUCAAGAAAAUGAAGCGAUGUUUGACAUGGACGAUGAUCAAGAGGAUGCCGGAGAGGAUGAGAAGGAUAAGAAGUUUUGGGAGAACCAGAACCAGAUUUUACAAGCCACGUUGUGUAGGACUAGUUCUCUAGAGACGACGAUUAGGAGUGUGACGAAGGAGGCGGUGAGAGAAUCGGCAGGAGCUGGGGUAUGCGGUUGUGGGAAGGCUGCGAGUGGUUGCCGGAGUUGCCUUAUGAGGGAAGUUUGCGGCAGGCUUUGCAAUGCUGGUUACGACAGUGCUAUAUGCAAGUCCAGGUGGAGAAGCUCGCCGGAUAUUCCUUCAGGCGAGCACACAUUUUUGGAUGUAGUGGACAAUUCAAGCUCCAGGAAAGGACAGGUGAGGGUGAUCAUAGAACUCAACUUCAGAGCCGAGUUUGAGAUGGCCAGAGCAAGCGAUAAAUACAACAGAUUGGUGCAACGACUUCCCGAAAUCUUUGUCAGCAAGGUUGAGAGACUUCAAAAUUUGAUCAAAAUUUUGUGUUCGGCUGCCAAGAAGUGCAUGAAGGAGAAGAAAAUGCACAUGGGGCCGUGGAGAAAGCAGAAGUACAUGCAAGCUAAAUGGCUUGGUGCGUGCAAGAGAACGACGUCAACACCACCUUUCUCAAUGGGGCAAUCGGAUCGGCUGCGUCUGAGGCCGAAGUCAUCAAUGCUAACUGUUGAUUUGCUAGGGGAGAUAAUGCCUAAUAUGCAUUGCGCAGCGGUUGCAGUUGUGUGAAUUGUUCAUCUAGCGUUUCGUUCAUGAUCUUUUUUGCCGAUGAGUUUGAUCCUAAGAACUAAAGAAAGUCGAAUAUGGAAUAGUAGUACUUGCGAGUCCGUUUGCAUGUACAUAUUGUAUAGACUAGGAAAAAAAAUCAUAUUUUCAUCCUUAAUUAAGGCUUGAUCUGAAGUAACAAUAAAUAUAUUAAGGUUCGAUCUGAAUAAAAAUAAAUAUAUCCCCAUU